AAACAAAGUAACACAAAUUUUCAUUCAAUACACUAAAAAAAAUUUGCUCAAUCAAUAAGAAUAACUGCUCUCAUUUCAUUAUCUCACCGUCUUUCUCGAUUCAUUUACAUUUCUGGCCGAAAGAAAUUCCUUUUAUAAGUUAGCAAAACAACCAUGGCUGACGCUUUGUUUUUCUCCUGCCUGCUAUUAUUUCUUGCAGCCAUGCAAGGCACCGGUGCUGUCGACUAUGCCGUCAACGGCAACACCAGCAACAGCGACGGCGGCGUUCGUUUCAAAAAAGAAAUCGGCGCCCAAAACAGCCUACAAACUAUGGCUGACGCCUCAAACUUCAUCUGGAACGUCUUCCAACAAAACAACCCAUCCGACAGAAAAAAAGGUCCUGAAAGUAACACUGUUCAUCGAAAACGGCGACAGGGUAGCCUUGCUAACGACAACCAAAUUUACGUUAACGCCAAUUACCUGGGAACAUACAAAGGCGACCUGAGAAGGGAAUUCAAUGGUGUGCUUUAUCGUAAAAUGACGCAUAUUUGUCAGUGGGAUGGGAACGGGCAAACCUCUGUCUGGUUGAACGAAGAGAUAGCAGAUUUCGUGAGGCUAAAGGCUAAUUAUAUUCCGAGCCAUUGGGUGCAGCCGGGGCAGGGUGAUAGAUGGGACCAAAGGUCCGAUGUCACAGCUAGGUUUCUGGAGUAUUAUGAUGGUCUGAGAAAUGGGUUCGUUGCAGAGCUUAAUAAGAAGAUGAAAAGCGGGCAUAAUGCUGGGUAUUUUGUUGAACUGUUGGGAAAAAACUGUUGACCAACUGUGGAGUGAUUAUAAGGCCAAGUAUGGCAAUUAAAUGAC